GCAUUCCCAUCAUGCAGCUGGUUAAAGGUCAUUUUGUUUGUCCUUACAUGAGGUACCAUUUGAAUGCAAGAUGGAGGACCAAGACAGGGGAUUUCGUCGUGGCAGAGGCGGUCGCAGAAGGGAAAGAGGCUUCCGAGAACGGCCUGCAAGGGGUAAAGGUGAAGGUCCCACAGGAGCCCACCCAGCGGCAGCCUCAGCCUCACCCAUGAAGACACCCAUUAUACUCACCAAAUCUUCUGCCGACAGGGGACAAGAAACUCCUGUGAAGCAAAUCCUGAUAAAACCAAGGGAAACUUUACCAGAGGGCGUGGCCAGACCCAGUGUUCCUCAGCAAGCUGUAGCUCGUGGCAAAACAAUUUUAUCAGAUCACCCAGCAGGCCAAGCAACUGAUAGAUCUGCAGGUGCUACACAACCUCAUGGUAUGGGUGGGGCAGCGGCAAGCACAGUCACAGGAGCAAGUGCAAAUGUUGAAGGGAUAACUACAAACUUGGCCUCCCUCAAACUUGGUCUUCACAGCCGUGAUGGAGCUCCGCAACUGAUGAAGUUACUUGAUGAAAAUCUACAGUGGAAUGACACUGCUUUAGAGAUCCUUCUUGAUCAAACAGACUUCCUGGUGGUGGGCAUCAUUGGGCCCCAAGGUGCUGGAAAAUCAACUGUUCUCUCUGUUUUGGGAGGAGCUGGGCCAUUCUCUGACUCGAGGUCUCCCUUAUUUCCUGUGCAGUCAAGACAAGUCCAGGAGGAUGGAAUAAAUCAGACUUCUGGUAUUGACCUGGCUGUAACACAAGAGAGAGUGAUCCUUUUGGAUACUCAGCCACUUUUGAGUGCAGCAUUGUUAGACCACCUGAUCCACCAUGAUCGCAACAUUCCUCCUGAGUAUACCUCUCCGGAAAACUACAAUGAAAUUCAGGUAAUUGCUUCUAAAACGUUUUUGUCCUGCAUGGGACAUGAGGCUACAAAUUUUACGUCUACUAGUUACAUUGCCCACUGCAUUAUUUUGUAUGCUCUGUCACAUGGUUUGCAGAGGUGUACAUUAUAUAAUUGUCCAAUUGUUUCUGUCUGUUUUCUUUUUUUUUUUUUUUUACAAGGGAAUGGAAUAUGCACCAAAUCGCCGACUUAUCAAGGAAAUCCAAGCUUUGAUGUGGUUUUACACAGCCUCCGGAAUCAGAUCUUUUCUGUGCACCGACAUCUCCUUACUCACCAUUCACUUACGGAAAGAAAUUGGUUCCAUUUUGCUGCUCGUUCGUGGGAAACUGUCAGGAAGUCAAGUUUGAUCUCAGAGUACAACAGGCUCCUUUGUACUUGACCUACUGUAUACAGACGAGGUAAAGACGACGCUUUCUCCGCAACGUAGAGAAGUGCACGGUCUGCUAUGGAAAGAAGUACAUUGCGACUUUUGGAAAUAUCAGUUAAAGUUGAAGUCCAGUUUUCAUGAGAUUUUUCUUGGAAAAUAAUAAAAGAACUAAGAAGUAAACCUUAGACAGACAUUUCC